CGUUGGCCAAUCAGGAGCGGCGCUGGGCCGGGUUGGCGGCGAGAAGAUGGCGGAGGAGCGCGCUGUGCGGGAGCGGAGCAGAGACAGGGAGUCCGGCAACACAGAUAACUGGACUCAAGAUGCUUUUGGAAAAAAAAGGGAUAAAACAGGAGCCCACAGUAAAGCAUUGGUUGAAGAUAAAUCGCUUGGCUAUCGGCAGUUAAGAAGCCAGCAGAAAUAUUUUACCCUGGACGUCGAUGAUGAGGACGGUGAAAACAUGAGUUCAAGCAGCACAGAGGUCAAAGAGAACCGUAAUGUGGAAAACGUCUCUCUUAAGGAAAGCAGUCAGACUCCCGGAGAGACCCAGAUCUCAAAUGGCAGCAAUUCCUCCAUUAACAGAAAGCGGCCAUUGGAGGAGGGCAGCAAUGGGCAUUCGCAUCCUAAGUUCCGAGCCAAGAAGAGGAAGAAAACGCCAGGCCCCAUUCUGCCUAAGAAUGCGUUGAUGCAAUUGAAUGAGAUCAAGCCUGGCCUGCAGUACAAGCUGCUUUCUCAGUCUGGGCCAGUCCAUGCUCCUGUCUUCUUAAUGGCUGUGGAGGUCAAUGGACAGACCUUUGAAGGUUCUGGUCCAACCAAGAAGAAAGCUAAGUUGCACGUCGCUGAGAAAGCACUACGAUCUUUUGUUCAGUUUCCAAAUGCCUCUGAGGCACACUUAGCAAUGGGUCGAAUGCUGAAUGUGAAUACGGACUUCACGUCAGAUCACUCUGACUUUCCAGAUACACUUUUCAAUGGAUUUGAAAACCAAGAAGCAGGAGAUGAUCCUUAUCUCUUGGGAUCAAAUGGAAACGGUUCUUUCAAUUCAUCAGGAGACUACAAUUCUCUUGGUCUCUCCUCUGGCACUGGAGCAAUCAGUUUAGGUCAGUCAGCCUUGACUGCACCCUCUCCUUUUGCCAUGAACAGUGGGAAAAACCCAGUGAUGAUACUGAACGAGUUACGACCAGGACUCAAGUACGAGUUUGUCUCAGAGAGUGGGGAGAGCCAUGCCAAAAAUUUCAUCAUGGCGGUGAUCGUGGAUGGACAGACGUUUGAAGGGUCAGGGAGGAACAAGAAGCUGUCCAAAGCGAGGGCUGCUCAGGCCGCUCUACAGACCCUGUUUAACAUGCAGCUGGACUCUACCCCAUCACGCCAACCAAUUCCCAGCGAAGGUCUUCAGCUUCACCUGCCUCAGGUUCUAGCGGACGCAGUGGCACGAUUAGUGGUGGAUAAAUUCAGUGACCUGACCGACAACUUCACCUCCCCUCACGCACGGAGGAAAGUCCUUGCCGGCGUCGUCAUGACAGCAGGGUCCGAUGUCAAAGAUGCCCAGGUUAUCUGUGUCUCCACGGGAACUAAAUGCAUCAAUGGAGAGUAUAUGAGCGACCGAGGCUUGGCUCUGAACGACUGCCACGCUGAAAUUGUUGCACGCAGAUCCCUGGUUCGAUUCAUCUAUACCCAGUUGGAGCACCAUUUGAGCAACAAGAUUGAGGACCACAACAAAUCCAUCUUCGUUGAGCAGGCAGGAGGUGGCUUCCAGCUGAAGGACAAUGUACAGUUCCACCUUUACAUUAGCACGUCACCGUGUGGGGAUGCCCGAAUCUUCUCCCCACACGAGGCUGCAGUGGAGGAUCAAGGCGACAAGCAUCCAAAUCGGAAGGCCCGAGGGCAGCUGAGGACAAAAAUUGAAUCUGGUGAAGGGACCAUUCCAGUGAGAUCAAGCAGCACCAUUCAGACAUGGGACGGCGUGUUACAGGGAGAACGGCUCCUCACUAUGUCAUGUAGUGAUAAAAUUGCAAGGUGGAACGUGCUUGGGAUUCAGGGUGCUCUGUUGAGCCAUUUUGUGGAGCCUAUCUACUUCUCCAGCAUUAUCUUGGGCAGCCUAUAUCAUGCGGACCACUUGUCACGUGCGGUGUACCAACGAAUCAUCGAAAUCGAGGACCUGCCGAACAUCUACACACUAAACAGGCCCCUGCUGAGUGGUAUUAGUAACGCUGAGUCCCGCCAGCCCGGCAAGGCACCCAACUUCAGUGUCAACUGGGCUGUGGGGGACACAGCUCUGGAGGUCAUCAAUACCAUGACUGGGAAAGACGACAUGGGCCGCCCAUCUCGACUGUGUAAGCACAUCUUGUACAGCCGCUGGCUGCGCUUGUAUGGGAAGUUGUUGUUCUUGGCUCGAUCCAAACAAGGGAAGUUCAGUUCAUACCAUGAAACAAAGCAGGCAGCCAAUGAGUACCAAGACGCCAAGCAAGCCCUGAUCAAAGAAUUCCAGAAGAGUGGAUUAGGCAUGUGGGUGAAAAAACCCAUUGAACAGGAUCAUUUCACUCUGUCUAUCUGAAGCUCAGAGAAAGCUUUGGGAUUUUUAGGAUGUAAAGCUGCUCGAAUUCCACAUGUCAGAUGUAUUUAUUAAAUUGUAACUUUUAGCUGUUUUUUUAAUUUUUUUUAAGAAGAAAAGUAGGUUGUGUGUCCCUUUUGUUGGCUACCAGCUAGAUUUUAAAAGUAGGCUUUAUGGGGAAGAGUUAUUUUUAACCCACAGCCUCGCUAGGAGGUGAUGAAAAGAACCCAAGCCUUCAUUGAGAGUUGUGUAUAUUUACAAGCAAGUUCUGAACCGUGUGGGCUUGCUUGGCAGUGCGGUGCAGGUGGUUGGGGUGACCACUUUCUAAUGCUUGCUGGAAGUGCAUGGAAGGCAGGCACUGUUAGUUCUGUUUCUUUUCGCUGCUAAACUGAUCAGUGUAUAAAUUCCUGAAAGUACGUCAUUAAUUUGGUAAACCUCAGUAAUCAAGGUGAUGCACGUACCUUUAUAUGUACCGGGGGAAACAAAGCCCAGGCCCUUUAAAGCAAUAUGAGAAUAGAAGUACAAAGCAGUUAAAAUGUCAGGGUAACUGAGAGGGGCAGAUAGUACACGUGACCCUGAAGAGAAGGGGACACUUGGUGUACAAGUCUCUGAAGACACUAGAAAGAUGGAUUGAUGUCUGUAGGUCACCAGAUAAUGAAUGUUAGGUCCCCAAAGCCAGCCUUACCACAUUGCUGAAUGGCCGCACGUUCUUUUCAUAGGUUCUUAUCGGUGCAGUGAACCCUUGUACCUCUCCAGGGUGCUUCGGUCCAUUCCACUGAGCUGAUCCUCAACAGUGUGCCCAGAGAGCUAUUGUUACACAGUCACAGCAGUAGCUGAAAAAAAUGUUAAGGAGAACGAAUAACAAAGUCUAAUUUUUUUUUAAGAAGCAGUGUUAAGUACAUUUUGACUACUAUAGUUAGUUGGUAAAGGUCAGCCUGGCUAGCCAUAAAAAGGGAUGCUAUCUGUGUGCUUGGUUCUCCCUCACCCCGUCCUCUUUCUUCCUGCACAGCUGAUAUGUUUCAUUAUUCCCUGUGUCGUCAGAUCUUGAAAUCUACAAAUGUAAUGAUCUUGUUGUACAGUAGUCUACAAUUGAGGCAAGAGACCUCCCAUUCAUAUUCUGUUCUGUCUGUGGUGUUCAGUGUUUGCUUGAGGUGUGGGACUAUCAGUGAUUCUGCAAUUUUGUUACAGCAAGUAAAGUACUUGUGGGUUAUUUCCACAGCAGUUACACAGUCUUGAACUUGCCUCAAACUUGGCUCUUACAAUUGGUUACAUUACAUUAUCUAAUGUACAUAUGUACACAUAAUGUACACAUAUUUGCCUUCAAUACAGCUGAUGCUGUUGCUGACGUUCAUCAAGAGGUGAGCAGAAGUGAAUUCAAGGUCAUGUUUCCUAACAAUUAAGUCUUAAGUUAUUAAAGUUUAUGAUGGAAUAUUCCUGGGCUACUCUGUUCAGAUGUAAGGCUGUUCAUGGUUUGUGUUUCACAUGAUGCAGCAUGGGUGUGUGUGUGUGUUAUAUAACAACAAACAACAAAUUACAUUUGUAU